AUGCCGGUGGAGAAUGUUUUGUUGCAAAGCGUCGCCGGCGGAAUGGCUAUCAUGCCGCUUGGCUGCGGCUUUGUAGGAGUGAUUCCGGCAAUGAACUAUCUCCUAAAAAGUGAAGAGAAUGGGCCUAUAUCUCUCGACACUACACAGCUUAUAGUCUGGUCCUUGGGAUUGUGUUAUUUUGGGGUCGUGUUCGCCGUACCAUUGCGGCGACAAGUCAUUAUCCGAGAAAGACUCAAAUUCCCAAGUGGCUUCAGUACUGCUAUACUCAUAUCCGUGCUUCACGGCCAAGGAGGUCAGUUAUCCGAGCCAGAUGAACUCGAAAGGGUUUCGCGAGGUGGUUUCGCGAGUCUUGUUCCGAGGGAAAGAUUGCAAAGUCCUUUGACCGAGGAGAGUGACCACGAUUAUGAACCCCAGAGCGACACCGAUUCAGGCACUGCUGAGCUGUCUGAUGAGGGGGUAAAUAUGAGUCUCUUGCUCAUCUGCUUCUUCUUUUCGGGUGCCUUGACAAUCUUGACUUAUUUUAUUCCGAUUCUUCGCGACAUUCCCAUCUUUGGCACAGUCGCUGCAAACAAGUGGCUGUGGACUUUCAACCCUAGUCUCGCCUAUGUCGGUCAAGGCAUGAUCAUGGGACCGGAGACUACGCUGCAUAUGACUCUGGGUGCUAUCAUCGGUUGGGGUUUGCUUAGUCCUCUGGCAAAGCAUGAAGGCUGGGCUCCUGGACUAGUAGAUGAUUGGGAGCAUGGCAGUAAAGGCUGGAUUGUUUGGAUAUCUCUCGCAAUAAUGUUGGCUGAUGCUGUUGUUAGCCUUGGAUAUGUGGGACUACAGUCAAUCCUGCUCACAUCGAUGCCCGAGCACAUAUUCAGCUUUUGCGGCAUUCUGCACAGAAAAGGGAGGUUUAUUUUUGGGCAAGAAUCCGAGAGGUAUUCGCUGCUGCACAACGACGACGAAGGCUCACCGAACCAAUCACCGUCGAUGCUAAGUGAGACGUCUCAACAUGCUAGCGACGUAGAAAGCGACUCCGAAAUCGAUGCUCCCGUUCAGCAGCGCAUUGGAAGGAAACAGGUUCUUGUGGGAUUGGUCAUAUCGAUUUUACUGUGCAUCGGAACAACACAUUUCGUAUUCGGAGACUUAGUCCCCCUAUAUGCAACAGUCAUAGCGGUGUUCAUGGCUAUGAUUCUGAGUAUAAUGGGUGUGCGCGCAUUAGGAGAGACGGAUCUCAACCCAGUCUCGGGAAUUAGCAAGCUUGCUCAGCUCUUUUUCGCUGUCAUUAUUCCGCAAUCCAACAAAUCCAGUGUCCUCAUUAAUCUUGUUGCAGGUGCCGUGUCCGAAGCUGGCGCAUUACAGGCAGGGGAUUUGAUGCAAGACCUCAAGACUGGCCAUCUGCUUGGAGCUGCUCCCAGCGCCCAAUUUUGGGGACAGAUUAUAGGCGCUACCGCUGGGGCAAUACUCAGUGCGUUUAUCUAUCAGGUGUACACAGCCGUUUACACCAUUCCUGGUGAUCUUUUCCAGGUCCCUACCGCCUAUGUGUGGAUUUUCACAGCGAGAUUAGUGACUGGGCAAGGUCUACCAUCCAUGGCGAGAGAAUGGGCCAUUGCAGCUGCGCUCAUAUUUAGCAUCACAACCUUGCUACGCACAGUGGGGGCCAAUAAGUCUUGGCGGCCAUGGAUUCCUGGUGGAAUUGCUGUUGCCGUCGGGAUAUACAAUGUACCCUCUUUCACUCUGGCUCGAGCCGCAGGCGGUAUCAUUUGCUGGUAUUGGACGAGCCGUUUAAGGAAGUCGAGCUUGCAACUCAUUAUAUUGGCAUCUGGUUUCAUUCUCGGGGAAGGCUUUACAAGUAUUGUGAAUUUGAUACUUCGGAGUCUCGAAGUACCUCAUCUGUGA